AUGAGCCCGGUUGUUGUGUUCCCCGCAGUGUGCUCCGACAUGUUCAUGCAGAGGCUGCCCUUCCUGGCCCGGAGCUGCCUGCAACCGGCGACCCGGAGCUCUCGCCUGCGAGAGGUGGUGUGCGGCUCGGUGGCCGGGAGCUCCAGGAUCUGGUCAGCCGGCAGGACUAUAUCUAAUGGCAACAGCAAACCUCUGGACACGUCUCUGUUCAUCCCUGUCAAUAUCCAGCCGACUGACAUCCCAGAAUCAGACAUUGGGGCAGAGCUCACCCAGUCACUAAGUAAACCUGAAAUUUUGAAGGUUUUAAACAAAUUUUACAGAAGAAAAGAAAUACAAAAGCUGGGAGCUGAAUGUGGACUUGAUGCCCGCCUGUUUCAUCAAGCGUUUAUAAGCUUCCGAAGGUUUGUCAUGGAAACUGACCCUUUGCAUGUGGAUCUUCAUGUCAUCCUAAGUGAUAUUUGUUGUGGAGUUGGUCAUGUUGAUGAUCUUUUCCCUUUCUUCAUGAGACAUGCCAAACAGAUCUUCCCAAUGCUGGACUGUAUGGAUGAUCUUCGCAAAAUAAGUGACUUGAGAUUGCCCCCAAACUGGUAUCCGGAUGCAAGAAGAAUUCAACGGAAGAUCAUUUUCCAUUCUGGUCCCACAAACAGUGGGAAAAAACCUAUCAUGCCAUCCAAAAUUAUCUCCGUGCCAAGUCUGGACUAUACUGUGGCCCUUUAAAGCUGCUUGCACAUGAGAUCUACAAGAAGAGCAAUGAUGCAGGGGUUCCUUGUGAUUUAAUCACAGGAGAGGAGCUGAUACAUGUAGAUCCAAUGGGAAAGCCAGCCAGCCAUGCAUCGUGUACCAUUGAGAUGUGCAGUGUGAAUACACCUUAUGAGGUGGCUGUGAUAGAUGAAAUUCAGAUGAUAAGGGAUCCUGGCAGGGGCUGGGCCUGGACCAGAGCACUCCUAGGGCUUUGUGCACAGGAAAUUCAUAUAUGUGGCGAGGCUGCUGCUAUAAAACUAGUGACUGAACUAAUGUACACUACUGGGGAAGAGGUGGAGGUACGGAGUUAUGAUAGACUGACCCCAAUUAAGACUUUGGAUCAUGCUCUUGGUUCCUUGCAUAACCUCCGCCCUGGGGACUGUAUAGUCUGCUUUAAUAAGAACGACAUCUAUUCUGUAAGCCGCCAGAUUGAGGCUCAGGGAUUAGAAUGCGCCGUGAUAUAUGGAAGUUUACCCCCAGGGACAAAACUUGCACAAGCAAAUAAAUUCAAUGACCCAAAUGACUUGUGUAAAAUUUUGGUUGCCACGGAUGCCAUUGGAAUGGGGCUGAAUUUGAGUAUUAAAAGGAUCAUAUUCAAUUCCUUGGUUAAACCAACAGUAAACGAGAAAGGAGAGAGAGAGAUAGACACCAUCUCCACUUCCCAGGCACUGCAAAUAGGAGGCAGAGCUGGCAGGUUUAGCUCUAUGUAUAAGCAUGGAGAAAUUACCACCAUGCUCCAAAGUGAUCUUCCACUCCUAAAGGAUAUCCUAAGCAAGCCAGUUUCUGAUAUCCAGGCUGCAGGACUGCAUCCUACUGCUGAGCAAAUAGAGAUGUUUGCAUAUCACCUUCCUGAUGCCACUCUGUCCAAUCUCAUAGACAUCUUUGUAAGUCUGUGUCAGGUUGACGGACUUUAUUUUGUGUGCAAUAUUGAGGAUUUCAAAUUUGUAGCGGACAUGAUCCAGCACAUACCAUUAAACUUAAAGGCACGAUAUGUGUUUUGCACUGCUCCAAUAAAUCGCAAUCUGCCCUUUGUGUGCACUUCGCUGCUAAAGUAUGCUCGACAGUUCAGCAGAAAUGAGCCUCUCACUUUCCAAUGGAUCUGCAAACAUGUACACUGGCCUGUUUCAUCUCCAAAGAGCAUAAAAGAUUUAAUGUAUCUGGAAGCUGUUCAUGAUAUCUUGGAUCUCUAUUUGUGGUUAAGUUACCGGUUUAUGGAUAUGUUUCCACAUACUGUGCUUGUAAGGUCCAUGCAAAAAGAUCUAGAUGCAAUUAUACAAAAUGGUGUUUAUAACAUUACUAAACUCAUCAGAGCAUCAGAAGCUGCAUCUAAUGUUCACGUGAUGGAGGGCGCUGUUCCAUCUCAUGAGACACGUAACGAGAACUCAAGAACUGGACUGAGGGGGGUCAGGGGAAGUAGGCGGACUUCAUUAAAUUCAGAAGCACAGAGUGGGUCCCUCACCUCCAAGUUAGUUAAGGACGGACUCCUUACACCAACCAUGUUAAGGCAGCUUGAACAAGAAUGGCUGAGGCGCCAGAAUGACCAUGGAAACCAAGAUGGAAGGACAUCCAAUGAUAUGGACACUUUUAAAAAGACAAAAAAGACUAAAUAG